CUCUAAAGCUCCCACAACUCGCAAAUCCGUCUGCUCUUUUGUCUUCCAUCGGAAAGCUUUUGUGCCAGGCUGCAAGACAAUGCCAGCCGGGGUGAAUGCUCGAGUCCUGUGAGUGUGGAUCGAGCCAAAGCAAUCCAAGUAGACAUCUCACUCCCUUCUCCCUCUCUCGCGCCCCCCUUCUCCCCAACUCGACCCUGCUUCCAUACCACACAUCCCUCAGACGGGACAUCACAACGCGUCGAGCAGUAGCCUCCACCGAGCUGCUCCGUCGAGCCUACAAGUACUUGGCGCGCAAUACGACCUUGCCAGCAAAGACGAGGCAUCAAGCGCAAUUAGGCCUGAACGCUUUGCCUCCUAAUACGAGGCCUACCAGAGUGGUGGAGAGGUGUAUCGCGACAGGCAGAGGAAGAGGAGUGAUUACUGAAUUUGGACUUUGCAGAUACGCCUUCAGGAAGAAGGCGCUGGCAAACGAGCUUCAGGGCGUGCAGAAGGGUUCAUGGUAGUCUUCUAGCGUCGGAUCAAUCCAUGCCAAAUCAUUAGCCCAAACUGUCUCGCUUCUGUCAGACCAGCAUGGAACUCAAUCUCAUCGAGCG